AUGGCCCCGGCGUCGCCGGGGUUGAAUUUGCAUGUUGUUCCUAGAGAAGACGAAACAGAGGGCAACGACGUUAUUGAUCAUUGUAUGAAAUGGGGGCUAAUCCCUAGUUUCAUCAAGAAAACAGAGAAGCCUGAUCACUAUAAGAUGGUAAUAGCAAUUACUUUCGUGGCUGAUCCCUAG